AUGGUUCCAGCCAUGAUUCCAGCCAGGAUUCCAGCCAUGAUUCCGGCCAUGAUUCCGGGCAUGACUCCGGCCAUGGACACGGACGUCGACUGCACCGUGUGCACCACGGACGUCGGGGUCCUGAAGCAGCCGCUGAUCCUGGGAUAUCUGCUGGGUGGUGUGCUUGUGGGCCCCAACCUUGGCCUGGACUUGGUUCACAGUCAUGACAACGUGGCCGAGAUCGCCAACCUUGGCUUGGUGUUCCUCCUGUUCAUGAUCGGUUUGGAGUUGGAUGUCAAGGAGAUUCUGCGAAUGGGUCGUGUGGUGCUGCUCACCGGCUUCUUCCAGUUUCCGGUCUGCUUUGGUGCCCAAUACCUGAUCUUCUCGGGACUCGGACUUAUCGGUUUGAGCUUCGGUACUGGCGAGUAUGCAAACAUGUACGUGGCGCUGGUUUGUGCGAUUUCAUCCACGAUGAUUGUGGUGAAAUGCCUCUCAGAAAAAGGCGAGACAGACAGGCCCAACGGUCGACUCACCGUGGGCAUUCUUAUCUUCCAGGACAUUUGGGCCAUGGUCUUCCUGGCGAUUCAGCCGAACUUGGCCAAGCCUGAUCUCCUGACGCUAUGCAAGCAGUUCGGAAUGAUUGCUGCGCUGAUCGUUCUCGCGCUCACCUACGCGAAGUUUGUGAUGCCGGCCAUCUUGUUCUUCGCCUCCAGGAGUGUGGAGCUCAUGCUUGUCCUGUCCUUGUCGUGGUGCUUUUUCAUGGGAGUCACUGCGAAUCUGCCGUGGGUGGGUGUCGGCAUGGAGCUUGCAGCUCUCAUCGCAGGAGUGGCCCUCGCCACCUUCCCUUACAGUGCAGAGUUUAACGGGAAGAUCAAGUACAUCCGUGACUUCUUCAUUACUCUGUUCUUCGCUUCCUUGGGAAUGCAGAUCCCGAUGCCGUCCGUGCUGCCCAUCGUCACCGCCAUCCUGAUUGCCUUCCUCGUGAUGUUGCUCCGGUGGGUGGGCAUCUUCACCUUGGUCUACAUGCUUGGGGGCACCGCCCGGCUCGGAAUCCUCGCAACCCUGAACCUUUCGCAGAUCUCAGAGUUUGCCCUGGUCAUUUGCUCCCUGGGUAUUAACAAAGGACAUAUCGAUGUCUCAACGCUGGAGAUCAUCAUCUGGGUGUUCAUGAUCUUGUCUGUCCUUUCCUCCAACAUCAUCAACUACAACCACGAAAUUUUCAGGAUCAUGGCAUGGUUGUCGCGGAAGGUAAGCAAGAAGGGCAUUGAGGAUGCCAAUGAGGAGCAGACGCAUGAGGACGAGCGUGACAUCCUUCUUCUUGGCUUCCACCGCAUUGCCUCCAUGUUGGUGGCAGAGUUUGAACACCACAACCCCCAGCUUCUCAAGAAGCUGCAGGUGGUGGAGUUCAACCAGGCCAUCAAGGAGCCGCUGCUGAGACGAGGAGUUAAGUUUACCUAUGGUGACUUCUCAAGCGCUGAUGUCCUGGAGCACUGCUUCCAUGGAGAGCCAAAGAUCAUCAUCUCUACGACACCGGACACGAUGCUUCAGGGCACCACCAACAUGCGCAUCCUCCAGGUGGUGCAGGGGGUCUGGCCGAAAGCACAUGUCAUUGUGACGGCAGACAAUCCUACACAGGCGAGGGAGCUCUACGAAUGCGGCGCUCAUUACGUGCUGCGCUCGGCCAAGCUUUGUGCGGAGCGUCUCUUCGAGCUCCUCAACAAAUACGAAACGGACGCUGGGAUGUCCGAUCUCAAGCGUCGCUUCGACAAGUACAAGAAACGGGUGGUUCAGAAGAGUGAUGUUUGUCUCAGCACAGAAUGUGAGCAGCUUCACAGCAUCCGCCAGCAGGAGAGAGAUGGGCGCACGCUGCUGAAGCUGGCAUUGAACGUGGCCACACCCGCCUUGCUGCUGCACACCUUCGUGGAAGCACCAGGGGGCACAGCCGCUCCAUCCCUCGCUCUGGCGGCCUGGUUGCUGAGCUUUGGCUUGGCUGCCCUGGGCGGCUGGUGGGGCUUUCGAAGGAAGGAGUCGUGCCAUGAACGCGCACUACUCACUGGCAUGAUGACUGGGCUGAACUUGGGAAUGUUCUCCUAUCCCAUCAUCCACGGAAUAUUCGGAGUGGAAGGGCUCUGCAUUGUGGCCUGCCUGGAUAUUCCGAACAUGAUCGUGAACUUCGCAUACAAUCGUGCGGUCUUUGACGGCUUCGCCCAAGAGAGGCCAUCAGGCUGGAUCCAAAUGGCUUGCAAUCCGAGUAACUAA